AUGAACAGGCGCGCGCAACCCCCGCCGAGCAUACGAGACAGAGACAAGGUGACAAGCAAAGAUGGGAAAGAGAGGGGAACGAGACGGGCGUCUUGCAUCAUCAAUGGCACGCUAGGCUGGGCAAAGCCACUGGAAAGACUUGAUGGGAGUCGGACGAGGGAAGAGAGAGGAGAAUGCAGAAUGGGGCUGGGCUAG